CGCCAUAUCUCUCUUCUCUCUCUCUCUCUCCCAGACAAACGAUGUACGGUAACCGGAAAGAUAGCUCCGGGAAGCGUACACCUGACGGUUUUAAUUAUCCUCCUUCACCGACCCCAAGCUCGUACUCUACCUACUCAUCCAAAUCGUCGUCGGAUACGUCAACUCCUAGCCGGAACCGAGUCAAAGUUGCGGCGAGAUCCGUCGCCGGAGUUUUUGUUGCUUGUUUUACACCACCCGAGGAGGAGACGCAUCAUAAGAGCUCUUCUGGGUUUGGUGGUUCUGAUGCAUUCAGUUCAACAUCAGAUGUUUCGGGAGCUUCUGAUACUACCGAUGGAAGGAAACGAGGCGCAAACCGUAGUAUAUACGCAACCCGGAAUGAUUCAACGCACAUGAGAGAGCCCGGAAGUAUAAAGUUUACUCUGGCGGAAAUCCACAAGGCAACGAAGAACUUCUCUCCGGCUCUUAAAGUUGGACAAGGCGGAUUCGGGACUGUCUAUAAAGGUCAGCUCCAAGAUGGAACCCUCGUCGCCGUGAAACGUGCCAAAAAGAGUAUGUAUGACAAGAAUCUGGGAGGUGAGUUCCAGAGUGAAAUCCAGGCGUUAUCGACGGUGGAGCAUUUGAAUCUGGUGAAAUGUUACGGGUACUUGGAACAUGGAGAUGAAAGAAUCAUUGUUGUUGAAUACGUCCCGAACGGGACGCUUCGGGAACACUUAGAAUGUUUCAAUGGCAAUGUUCUUAGUCUUGCCUCUCGGCUGGAUAUCGCUAUAGACGUAGCCCACGCUAUUACUUACCUGCACACUUAUACAGAUCACCCUAUAAUUCACAGGGAUAUCAAGUCUUCAAAUAUCCUGCUCACUGAAAAACUACGAGCCAAGGUUGCUGACUUUGGUUUUGCACGGCUAGCAGCCGAUGCAGAAUCAGGUCAGACCCAUGUAUCGACCCAGGUUAAAGGGACUGCAGGCUACUUAGAUCCUGAAUACCUCAGGACAUAUCAACUCACCGAGAAGAGCGAUGUUUACUCAUUCGGUAUAUUGCUUGUGGAGCUAGUCACUGGGCGGAGACCUAUUGAAGCGAAAAGGGAACUUAAAGAACGUGUAACAGCUCGAUGGGCGAUGAAGAAGUUUAUGGAUGGCGUUGCCAUUUCGAUAUUGGAUCCAGGACUAGAAAAGUCAGAUGUGAAUGCUUCGGCUCUAGAGAAGAUUCUAGAACUGGCUUUACAAUGCGUUGCUUCUCAUCGACAAAACAGGCCCAUCAUGAGGAGAUGUGUUGAGGUUUUAUGGAACAUCCGAAAGGAUUACAAAGAAGUGUUGGGUUGACACAUCUUACUUUAUUUUUCCAUUUCCCAUCAUCAUCAUUAUAUAUACUCAUAAUGUGGUUGGAAAGAAAAAGACACAAAACAAACAAAUAGACGUGAAACUGACCCCAAAUAUUCUCAUAAUCGGGACAAGUUUUCGUAUAAGGUUGUAGGAUAUCAAAUUGUUUUGCACGUCUUUCUAUUUUUUUGUGGAGGGUUGGUUAAGGUACAUACGUUAAAAAAAGGCUAAUACCCUAUAAUUUUUAAAAAAAAUAGAAAAAGGAACGGUUUUAGGAUUUAGUGUUUGGAGCCCAGGCUUUUGUACAGUAUUCAUGGUUUGUUUCUACAUUUGGAUUUGGUAAUGUUCUUAUUUUAUAUCAUGUUUUUAUUCUCGUGA